AUGACCAUGGCUUUGGAUCCUUCACAACAGCAACGGUUCGGCCCCGGGCUCAACUUUGACUACCAGGCCCACGCCCAGCCGCCCUCCUUCUCUAACCCGUGGUCGUCUUCUGCGACGCCUCAGUCUAUUCCUGCCGCCGCUGGCCCCGGAGGUGCUCUAUUUAACGUCCAUGGCGGACAGCCCAGCAUGCCUAGUGCCAUGAUGCCGGGCAAGCCCGUUCCUGGUCGUGGCAGCACCGCCAGCACCUCGUCUAUGGCAUCCUACGGCUCUAUGCCCUUGGGCUCCGCCACCAGCAGCCACAACCCUUCAUCCGCCGGUCUGAACAUGCAUCAUGAUCUGCUAAACUCCAACCAAGAUAUGCUCAGCCUGAACCGCAUGCAGACGUCGGCGGCCACCUUUGGCGAGCCCAGCUACGCCACUUCAGCUUCGCCUGUCAACGGUCACUUUGCGCCUCCGGCAUCCGGGCCCUACGAGGCCAUGGGCUACACGCCCGCGCCAGCACGCCAACACCCUUUUCCUAUGAGCCAUGACGAUAGUUCUCGCCGAUUUUCGCAAGCUGCCAUGCCUCCCACUGAGGACCGACGCGCCUUUGCUGACGCCCUCGACGCCAGCCAGGGUAUGCUGGCAAUGAGCCAGGAUACCCCGAGGAACCUCUAUGGCGGGCGCAACGACCGCUCUUCUGUUGAUUCCUACGGGUUUCCAUCGGCGCACUCGACUAGCUCGUCGAUUUCUUCUACCGGUAACAUUAGCUCCUACUAUGGCGACUCGGUGUCCGAUUACUCAACUGCUGGAUCAGACAUUGAAUCGAGGACACUGCCCCGCCCGCAAGGCCUCCUGGGCCCUCCGCUCCCCCCCGCGCCGCAGUCGAUGAUGGGCCAAUUCAGCUCCAAGGUCUCAUCAAGCACGCAAAAGAAGCACAAGUGCAAGGUGUGCGAUAAGCGCUUUACCCGCCCGAGCUCGUUGCAAACGCACAUGUACAGCCACACUGGAGAGAAGCCUUUUGCUUGUGACGUUGAGGGAUGCGGCAGACACUUUUCAGUCGUCUCGAACCUCCGACGCCACCGCAAGGUUCACCGCGGCGAUGCUCGCUCGGAGGCUGGCUCCGAAGAGCACCACUCGGAUUAA